AUGGUGGGUAUGAUUUUGUUAAGGGAGCCAAUGCUUCAGAGCAACUCCAAGAACAACAAGCGCAAAAUCGUCGACGGCGAGGCUUUCAAUGGCCAGAUUACACAGUUCUUAUAUACCGCCGAUGCGUUGUUAGCCCACACUGUGGGGGGAAAGGCUUCCCGCCGAUCAGGCCUGCACAAAGUCUUCUUCGGCUCUUCCCAAGAUUCAACUGUUCGCUUAGGCUACAACGACUACAAUUCUACGGACAGGUAUGGCUGGACCUCAAGGUGA